AUGUCACAUCUCUUCAACAUCGGAUCAUGGUGCCGUCGCACCUCUCGGACUUCGGCCCGUCAGGGGCAGCAGAAACAUGAAGCUUUGGGACUUCCGGGACAUGAGCUCGCAGCCCAAGGUGGCGAGAACCAACGGCCCGAACGGGAAGAUGGCAAAGUCGAACUCACGGAAGACGACGCCGCGAGCCAGCUUGGCUACGCCUUUCCUAAGUGGAAGAAAGUGAUGAUCCUUAUCACCAUCCUGUGCAUCCAGAUUUCGAUUAACUCGAAUGCCUCGAUGUACGGGUGGGCCAUGGAAGGCAUCGCGGACAGAUACGACAUUUCGCAGACAAAAUCGCGUCUGGGGCAGUCGAUGUUCCUGAUUGCUUAUGCCUUCGGUUGCGAGUUGUGGGCUCCCUGGUCCGAGGAGAUUGGAAGAUGGCCGACCCAGCAGCUCUCGCUCUUCCUGGUCAACAUGUGGCAGAUUCUCUGCGCCCUCAGCCCAACCUUCGGCGGUGUCCUGACGGGCCGCAUCCUUGGCGGCCUGAGCACGGCUGGAGGAUCCGUCACCCUCGGUGUCAUCGCGGACAUAUACCACCCGGAAGACAGCGGAUUCCAAUACGCGGUGGCGUUCGUCGUGCUGAGCAGCGUCGGUGGCGCGCCUCUUGGUGCCAUGAUCGGGGGCUUCGUUUUCGACCUACACGAGGACGACCCCUCGUGGAUCUUCUGGGUGUUGCUCAUCAUGGGUGGGGUGGUGCAGAUUGCACAUUUCUUCCUAGUGCCGGAGACGAGAGCGACGGUCAUUCUUGACCACGAGGCGCGGCGGCGGAGGAAGUCGGGCAAGGACCCCAACGUGUAUGGGCCGAAUGAGCUCAAGGAACAUCGGUUUAGUUUCCGAGAGAUCCUACGCAUUUGGUGGAGGCCGUUCGAAAUGUUGUUGACGGAGCCCAUUGUCCUCUGGCUUUCCUUGCUCAGUGGAUUUAGUGACUCCCUGAUCUUCACAUUUAUGGAGGCCUUCGGUCCCAUAUUCGACCAGUGGGGGUUCGAGCCCUGGCAGAGAGGACUCUGCUUCCUCUCGUCGUUGGUCGGUUAUUUCAUCGCGUACCUCUGCUACCUUCCUGUGAUCUGGCAUCACAACAAGAAGCGCGCACAUGAUCCUGAUUCGAUGUCUCCGGAAUCACGGCUGUGGUUCCUCCUCUUCCUGGCUCCUGGACUGUUCCUCGGACUGCUCGGGUUCGCCUUCACGUCGCUCGGCCCGCCAAACACCCCCUGGAUCGCCCCUCUGCUCUUCAACGGGCUCGUUGGCAUGUCCAACUACGCCAUCUACAAGUCAACUAUUGACUACAUGAUGGCGGCAUACGGACCGUAUGCGGCGUCAGCUACAGGAGGGAACGACUUCGCACGGGACUUGCUCGCAGGUAUCGCUGGUCUCUACGCCCACCCAUUCUAUCGAAACAUCGACACGUAUCCGAGGUGGACGCUCAGCUUGCCGACCAUCAUCCUGGCUGCCAUCGCGAUCCCGGUCACCAUUCCGAUCUACAUCUUCUACCACAAGGGACCGAAUCUGCGGUUGGAAAGCAAGUUCGCGGAGGAGCUAGAGAAGGCGAGGCGGCUCAGGCUGUCGAAGAAGGGCGAGCGAGAGCCAACUGAGGGCAAGAGGGGCGCCGAGCAGGCGUAG